GCGAGAUCAUGAUGACUGUGAGGAAUAUGAGGAGUCUGCUGGCAACUGGACUCGCGUUAGAUCAUCUGUAUGUUUGCCUCUGAUACUUACCAUCUUCAAAUGCAUGUCUGAUCCCGAUGAAUGAAUACAGAGCCCUAUCCCGAGAGAUACAACAAGACACGAGGAAAAUCCAGGAAGACUUCCAAAGUCUGACUUUGAUCCGUAACGGUCAGUUCUUCUAUUUUUUUCGACAGUCUCUAGAACUAACUAGGACAGCGGGCGAGCAAAACAAGGUCCUGGAUUGGCUUUCUCCUAUUGAUGUGUCUGAGCGACACCGUGCCGCUCGGGCAAAACAUGAACCAACCACUGGAGACUGGUUAGUUGAAUCGACGGAGAUGAAAAUGUGGUUAGCAAAUUCAAUGGAGUUUAUGUGGAUCCAUGGAAUACCUGGUGCCGGGAAGACAGUACUUUGCUCGACCAUCAUCGAAAAUGUCCAGAAAAUCUGCCGUAAGCAUGCCGAACCAAAACCAGCUUGCAUAUACUAUUACUUUGACUUUGGCGAACGCGAGCGACAAACGAUGGUCAGCUUUGUGAGGUCUAUUCUGGCACAGCUUUCUCGCCAAUACGACACGCUCCCAGCCGAUGUUCAGGAAUUGUAUCAAAACAGAAGCAAACGCGGACAAGAGCCGACAACCGAUCAAUUGGUUGAAACUCUAUUCACGCUCUUGAAACGGCCAGAAUGAACCUAUAUCAUUAUCGAUGCUUUGGACAAAUGUGGAGAGUGGGAUGACGUACUUGAUCUCUUGUCGAGGAUAGCGACACAGAGUGGGCCAACCACAAACCUUCUCGUGACAAGCCGAAUGGAGCGAGAUAUCCAAAUUUUUUUGGGGCCUUUGGCGACCCAAAAUAUUAUUGUCGGUGGGCAUAACGUGCGCCAUGACAUUGAAACGCUCGUACGGCGGGUUCUCAUGACCGACGCCAAGUUGAGAAGACGACCGCCUGCGCUCAAGGAGGAGAUUGAGCGUGUUCUUGUCCAAAACUCCAAUGGAAUGUUUCGAUGGGCUGCUUGUCAGUUGGACACUUUACGUACCUGUCUGACUCCGUCAGCUGUGC